ACUGAAACGCGUGUUGAGCAACACUGCCAUUAAAAUUUGCCGUUUGCCAACCCUAGAACGUUUUCAGACAGUAAAUAACUUUAAGAAAAUCAUUUAUUAGAACAAAGAUGUCUUCGUCCGUGCUAGAAAUACAGCCAAAGGCAGGAGAGGGCCAGCCGGAGCAGCCAGGAGUGGCCAGUGCGGAAAUUACAGGUCCCAAAGAAUCAGGGGCCGCCACAAAUGCCAGUCAAAAGCCUGAUCAGGAUUUUGCCGCGGCCGAGCAGUACAAAAACCAGGGAAACGAUUUGCUAAAAACCAAGGAAUUUACGAAAGCUAUCGACAUGUACUCCAAAGCCAUAGAACUGCAGCCUAACAGCGCGAUAUAUUACGCCAACCGAUCGUUGGCCCAUCUGCGCCAGGAAAGCUUUGGAUAUGCUCUGCAGGAUGGAAUAUCGGCAGUAAAGGCUGACCCCAGCUACCUGAAGGGCUACUACCGUAGGGCGGCUGCGCACAUGUCUCUUGGAAAGUUCAAGCAGGCCCUCUGCGAUUUCGAAUUCGUGGCAAAGUGCAGGCCCAACGACAAGGACGCUAAGCUGAAGUUCACCGAGUGCAGCAAAAUCGUAAAAAUGCGCGCCUUCGAGCGGGCAAUUGCAGUGGACAAGCCGGAGAAGACGCUCUCAGAGAUGUACAGGGACAUGGAGAAUAUAACUAUUGAGGAUGACUACAAAGGACCGCAACUUGAGGACGGCAAGGUUACCCUCCAGUUUAUGAAGGACUUAAUGGAGCACUAUAAGGGUCAGAAACGAUUGCACCGAAAAUUUGCCUAUAAAAUACUGUGCGAGAUUGAUACAUACAUGCGCUCCCAGCCUUCGCUUGUAGAUAUCACGGUGCCAGAUGAGGAGAAGUUUACAAUCUGUGGCGAUAUUCACGGCCAAUUUUAUGACUUGAUGAACAUUUUUGAGAUAAAUGGGCUACCCUCCGAGAAAAACCCCUACCUUUUCAACGGAGACUUUGUCGACAGGGGUUCCUUCUCCGUAGAAUGUAUAUUCACGUUGUUUGGCUUUAAGCUUCUGUAUCCAAAUCACUUCUUCUUGUCGCGAGGCAACCACGAAAGUAUCAACAUGAACCAAAUGUACGGAUUUACUGGUGAAGUGACUGCCAAGUACACCAGUGCAAUGGCAGACAUAUUUACGCAGGUGUUCAACUGGCUUCCGCUCUGCCACUGCAUCAAUCAAAAGAUCUUGGUUAUGCACGGCGGACUCUUCUCCUCAGACAAUGUGACUCUGGACAACAUAAGACGUAUCGAACGCAACUGUCAGCCUCCAGAGGAAGGUCUCAUGUGCGAGCUUCUGUGGUCGGAUCCUCAGCUGUGGAUGGGCCGAGGGCCGUCUAAGCGAGGCGUAGGCAUUCAGUUCGGUCCAGAUGUCACUGAGGCGUUCUGCAAGAACAACAAUCUGGAUUACAUCAUCAGAAGUCACGAAGUCAAGGAUAUGGGCUACGAAGAGGCACACAAUGGUCAAUGCAUAACGGUCUUCUCAGCUCCGAACUAUUGUGAUACUAUGGGCAAUAUGGGAGCAUUUAUUACCAUCACAGGUAACAACUUGAAACCAAACUACAAAUCGUUCGAGGCUGUGCCACAUCCCGAUGUCAAGCCGAUGGCCUAUGCCAAUAGCUUAAUGAACUGGCUGGCGUAGUCAUUUUCCAUGAAAACUGAGUAGCUAAACACACACACACUCCUACAUCGACACAAUCACACAAAAACACACCAAUUUAUGAACAGCUUCUAAACCCACAACCGUAGAGCAACUUGAAACGAUCAAAGGAGAAAAGGAAUGCUGAAAAUUCGAAGAUGCUCAAUAGACUUUAUGCGCACUGCGAGCUGCUUCACUACUUAAGUACGAGUAUUGCGAGUCAAUAAGGCGAAGGACGGUGAGAACAGGCGUGGACAGAAUCUAGAUCACAAAUUACCGAACAGCAAUCAUUUUACAAAUUCAGCUAUAUUUGAUACAGAACGAAAAAAUGUUAUAGUGUAUAGUGGCUUUAGAAGUCGGAUGCUAAGUUUUAUCGGUGCCAAGCAUCUGCGGUUCCACUUGAAAGUGAAAAUUGAAAGAAAAUGUUUGUUUAUGCAUAGCAUUUAGUUAUGGCUACCCAAAUCCAAUAUACGAGUACAUAUAUAUAUAUAAAUCUACUUCAAUUUUGUUUGUUCCAAUCGCUUCAUUUGUGUAUAAAUCAGUUUUGUUCAACCUUGCCUUAUUUAUAUAUUAAACAAAGUCAUUUUAAUAAAACUAUUCAAGUUAGAUACCUCAA